GGGAGUGUGGGAAGGCUAAGGCGGAGCCUGGUCUGGGGGCUGCCUAGCAAUGAGAAGCGGCCAGGCCCCGGUGGGAGGACCGAGAGCUGCACUUUAGGAGUUCCUAGCUCGGAGAGAGAACAUCCCUGUUGCUAGGGGGCCGCGGAGGGCUGCCUGCCUGCGGAGCCGGAGGCAGCUCCGUGUGCACGCCGACCCCUGCCUUCCGUGGCAACCGCUGUGGCUGUGGCGCAGAGCCUCGCCCACCGCCAUCCCCACCCUCUCCAUCCUUAGCCAUUAAGCGAAGCCGGCUCCUGACACGUUCGAGCAGGACUCAGAAGAGGAGAGCCAUCUAUCCGGGGGACCUGCCAGGCGACAUGCGGCCGCCUGGAGCCGCCCGGGCGCCCUGGGUCUGAGACAGCCAGCCGAGGCUGGUCAUUGUGAGCGCCGCGGGGACCCGCCGGCUCUGCCGUCCCUCCCGGGUCCCUGGCCGCGCCGCGAUGGGGCACCUGCCCAGGGGAAGGCGCGGGGGCCGCCGCCUGCUACCUCUGCUCGGGCUCUUUGUGCUGCUCAAGAUUGGCACAGCGUUCCACGUGACCGUCCAAGAUGACAACAGCAUUGUUGUGUCUUUAGAAGCUUCCGACAUCGUCAGCCCAGCGUCUGUGUACGUUGUGAGGGUAGCUGGUGAAUCCAAAAACUAUUUCUUCGAAUUUGAGGAGUUCAACAGCACAUUGCCUCCUCCCGUGGUCUUCCAGGCCACUUACCAUGGUCUUUAUUACAUAAUCACUCUGGUGGUGGUCAAUGGGAACGUGGUCACCAAACCAUCCAGAUCCAUCACCGUGUUGACAAAACCCUUGCCUGUAACCAGUGUCUCCAUAUAUGACUAUAAGCCUUCUCCUGAGACAGGAGUACUGUUUGAAAUUCAUUAUCCAGAAAAAUACAACGUGUUCAGCAGAGUAAACAUCAGCUACUGGGAAGGGAGGGACUUCAGGACAAUGUUGUACAAAGAUUUCUUUAAGGGGAAAACAGUGUUUAAUCAUUGGCUACCAGGAAUAUGUUACAGUAACAUCACCUUCCAGCUGGUGUCGGAGGCAACUUUUAAUAAAAGUACCCUCGUGGAGUACAGUGGCGUGAACCAUGAACCCAAGCAACACAGAACAGCACCGUAUCCUCCUCGAAACAUCUCUGUUCGCUUUGUCAACUUGGACAAGAACAACUGGGAAGAGCCGAGCGGGAGCUUCCCCGAGGACUCGUUCAUCAAACCGCAAGAUCCGAUAGGAAGAGACAGACUCUUCCGUUUCCCUGAAGAAACCCCGGGGACUCCCCGCAGCAAUGCGUCUUCCAGUUGGCCUGACCUGAAUAGCACUGACUACGAAAGCACCUCUCAGCCCUCCUGGUGGGACAGUGCGUCUGCGGCCCCUGAGAAUGAGGAGGACCUGGUCAGCGCGCUGCCCCUGGACUAUGACAGCGAUGGCACACUCAGCAGGACCGAGAAGCCCACACCGGACCCUUUCCCCGCCUUCCCUGUGCAGAUGACUCUGAGCUGGUUACCACCAAAACCGCCUACAGCCUUCGACGGGUUCAACAUCCUCAUAGAGAGGGAAGAGAACUUUACUGACUAUUUGACAGUGGAUGAAGAAGCCCAUGAAUUUGUUGCAGAACUGAAGGAACCUGGGAAAUAUAAACUUUCUGUGACAACCUUUAGUUCCUCGGGAGCCUGUGAGACUCGGAAAAGCCAGUCAGCAAAGUCUCUCAGUUUCUAUAUCAGUCCCACAGGCGAGUGGAUUGAAGAACUAACUGAGAAGCCUCAGCAUGUGAGUGUCCACGUCUUAAGCUCAACGACAGCCUUGAUGUCCUGGACUUCUUCUCAGGAGAACUACAACAGCACCAUUGUGUCUGUAGUGUCCCUGACCUGCCAGAAGCAGAAGGAGAGCCAGCGGCUGGAGAAGCAGUAUUGUACCCAGGUGAACUCCAGCAAACCUGUUAUUGAGAACCUGGUUCCUGGUGCCCAGUACCAGGUUGUGAUGUACCUAAGAAAAGGCCCUUUGGUUGGACCACCUUCUGAUCCUGUGACGUUUGCCAUUGUUCCCACCGGGAUAAAGGAUUUAAUGCUCUACCCUUUGGGUCCCACGGCAGUAGUACUGAGCUGGACCCGACCUUACUUGGGAGUGUUCAGGAAAUACGUGGUUGAAAUGUUUUAUUUCAACCCCACCACCAUGACCUCAGAGUGGACAACCUACUAUGAAAUAGCAGCAACCAUCUCCUUGACAGCAUCCGUGAGAAUAGCAAAUCUAUUGCCAGCAUGGUACUACAACUUUCGGGUAACCAUGGUGACAUGGGGAGAUCCAGAACUGAGCUGCUGUGACAGUUCCACCAUCAGCUUCAUCACAGCCCCCGUGGCCCCGGAAAUCACCUCUGUGGAGUACUUCAACAGCCUGCUAUAUAUCAGUUGGACCUAUGGCGAUACCACCACUGACCUGUCUCAUUCUAGAAUGCUGCACUGGACGGUCGUUGCUGAAGGGAAGAAGAAAAUUAAAAAGAGCGUAACACGCAGCGUCAUGACGGCCAUCCUCAGCCUCCCUGCGGGAGACAUCUACAACCUUUCUGUCACAGCCUGCACUGAGAGGGGGAGUAACACCUCCAUGCUCCGCCUCGUCAAGCUAGAGCCAGCCCCUCCGAAAUCACUCUUCGCAGUGAACAAAACACAGACGUCGGUGACCCUGCUGUGGGUUGAGGAGGGCGUCGCUGACUUCUUUGAAGUCCUCUGCCAACAGCUUGGCUCGAACAGCAAUGCCAAACUACAGGAACCAAUAGCUGUUUCCUCCCAUGUUGUGACCAUCUCCAGCCUCCUCCCGGCCACCGCCUACAACUGCAGCGUCACCAGCUUCAGCCACAACAGCCCCAGUGUCCCUACAUUCAUAGCCGUCUCUACAAUGGUUACAGAGAUGAACCCUAACGUGGUGGUGAUCUCGGUGCUGGCCAUCCUCAGCACGCUGUUAAUCGGACUGCUACUAGUGACCCUAGUCAUCCUCAGAAAGAAACACCUGCAGAUGGCUAGGGAGUGUGGAGCUGGCACGUUUGUCAACUUCGCAUCUUUGGAGAGGGAAGGGAAACUUCCCUACAGUUGGCGUAGGAGUGUGUUUGCUUUCUUAACCCUGCUGCCUUCAUGUCUUUGGACUGAUUAUCUUUUGGCAUUUUAUAUUAACCCUUGGAGUAAAAAUGGCUUAAAGAAGAGGAAACUGACUAACCCAGUUCAGCUGGACGACUUUGAUUCUUACAUCAAGGACAUGGCCAAGGACUCUGACUAUAAAUUCUCUCUUCAGUUUGAGGAGCUGAAGUUGAUUGGGCUGGAUAUUCCGCACUUUGCUGCAGAUCUCCCCCUGAACCGGUGUAAAAACCGUUACACAAACAUCCUGCCAUAUGACUUCAGCCGAGUGAGGCUGGUCUCCAUGAAUGAAGAAGAAGGGGCAGACUACAUUAACGCCAACUAUAUUCCUGGAUACAACUCACCCCAGGAGUACAUCGCCACCCAGGGGCCACUGCCGGAAACCAGGAACGAUUUCUGGAAGAUGGUCCUGCAGCAGAAGUCUCCUAUCAUCGUCAUGCUCACGCAAUGCAACGAGAAAAGGAGGGUAAAAUGUGACCAUUACUGGCCAUUCACAGAAGAACCGAUUGCUUAUGGGGACAUCACUGUGGAGAUGAUCUCUGAGGAAGAACGGGACGACUGGGCCAGCAGACGCUUCCGGAUCACUUACGCCGAUGAGGCACAGGACGUGAUGCACUUUAACUACACAGCCUGGCCCGAUCACGGGGUGCCUCCAGCAAACGCUGCUGAGAGCAUCCUGCAGUUUGUGCACAUGGUCCGACAGCAAGCCACCAAGAGCAAAGGGCCCAUGGUCAUCCACUGCAGUGCGGGUGUAGGACGGACAGGAACCUUCAUCGCCCUGGACAGGCUCUUGCAACACAUUCGAGAUCAUGAAUUUGUGGACAUCUUAGGGCUGGUGUCAGAAAUGCGGUCAUACCGAAUGUCAAUGGUACAGACAGAGGAGCAGUACAUCUUUAUCCAUCAGUGUGUACAACUGAUGUGGCUGAGGAAGAAGCAACAGUUCUGCAUCAGUGACGUCAUCUACGAGAAUGUCAGCAAAUCCUAGUCCCGAAUCCAGACCGGUGAGGACAUGAUACCUAGCCAGCCUCCCUCUCUUCCGGAGUUUUUGCAGGAGCCCGUUAGUCACUUUGCUAAAUUGAGUCCCUGCUGCAGUAUGUGGCCAAGGAGGUGACUUGUCUCCUAGAACCGAAAAGACUUAGCCUUAAGGAGGCUAUGGUAUCUUUUUGGAGUCUUUUCACUUCUGGACAUUUGAUGGACCAAAUUCACCGGGAUUCCAGCAAGGUCAAAAUGCUCUACAAAGGGCAGAAAGUGCAGCCGUCCACUGCUUGGGCCGGGUUGAUUAUUUUUUUUUAAGUGCAAUAAUUUUUGUAUAAUUGUGGUUUUUAUCAGAACGUUGAAUUGUCAUCUUCCCAGCUCAUUUAUCAGUGUCACAGCCCUGGAAAGAACCAAUAUUAUUACAGAGUCACACCUCAUCAUUGAAGAGGCACGGCCACACAGGAAAAAGUGACAAAUCUGCUUCAAGGAAAAUGAGCGAGUGUGGCCCACACUCCACCUUGCAGCUACAGGAUCGGGAAUGGCUGGGCAGAUGGGGAAGAGAGUGGUUCUACCCACACAUCAGCCACUUAUCUUUUCAAAUAUGAAAACCUGUGUUUCAGAGUAGAGUAGGAAAAAAAAUAUUUGUCUGACUUGUUGUAGUUACCGGUGGGUUUCUCUCUUGUUGGCAGUUGGGAGUCUCAUCCUUGGCCCUUUUGAUCUUACGUCACGAUGCUUUUCAAACAGCCAGAGCUGAUCCAAUGGUGUCAAGUCUGAGUCUGAACUCGGUCUCUGAAAUCUUGGUGCCUAGCCUUUGCAUUUAUUUUUCCCUCCACCUGUGUCCAUCUGUGUACCAAGAGCAGUUUCUCCAAGAGCUGUAAAAAAAUGCACUUUCUUUCCCACGCAGAGGAUCUGGGAAGUCAGAAGUCACGACAACAAACUCAGCAUGCGAGGACAGUUAUUGGACACCAUCUCCUGAGAAUAUUGAGUGUCUCUAUGGAUUCCGACAGAAGAUUCUCUUGGUUCUCUUUUCAUUUCUGUUGUCAGAUUCAUUUUAACCCAUGUAGCUAGUGGCAUUUUAUUCUUUGGAUUUUGUAUGAUUAAAGUACAUGAUCGUGUGUUGUGACCAUG